AUGCAGGCAUCGGGUAGUGGCACAGGUGGUGCUGAAGGUGAGGGCUCAGGCCGCAGUGGUUACCGGGGCCCAUUACGCCGCCGUGGUGGGCCUGGCAGAGAAAGAGCGCUGAUGGAAGCUGCUAGAGCUCUUCUCCGGAGUGAGCGGGCACCAGGUGCCCCAGGACCUGGUGGAGAUGUAGCACCUGUGGCUGUAAGGCCUAGACCUGGAGAGGUGGUGCUCACACUCAGAGUGCCUUUCCAGUCCCCACGGGAGGCAUACUUGGCUCGCAGAUCUCUGCUCCCAGAUACCCAACGCCACCAAGGAAUUAUUCGAAAGGAAUUUGUAGUGAAUGGCAGUGACUUGAUUGUUAGAUGGAGUGCUGAAGACCUUGCUUUGAUCCGACUUACCAUCAACCCGUUCCUCGAUCAGCUUUUCCGAAACCUAGGCUGA